GUCAAAACAAAGCGUGGAUGGACCGGCCGCACGGAAGUGGUUUUGUUUCGGUGGCAGUUCAGACAGUGUGUGAGAUGAGGGCUGGUACAUAUUUACAAUUCAGUUAGCUCUCUUUAAAACGUUUUUCAUUGAAUAAUCGAUAUAAUCUUUUCAUUACUAUUAUUUGAAUAUCGACUGUACUAAACGAAGGAUAGCUAGCUUUUCAGCUAGCUGCACUAGCAGAAGCAGCCAUGCCGUCUUACUCCGAGCUGCGGAAGACCAACCACUUCUACUACUUCAUCAAAUUCACCCUGAACGUCUACUCCAUGCUCUUCUCGCUGAUGGGUCUCUGUGUGCUGUGUGUGGGGGUGUAUGCCGAAGUGGAAAGGCAGAAGAAUCGAACCCUGGAGGGUCUUUUCCUGGCCCCUGCUGUGGUGCUCAUCUUGUUGGGUCUGGUGAUGUUCACGGUGUCUGUGGUGGGCAUGGUUGGAUCCCUCAGAGACAACAAGACAUUACUGCACAUGUUCCUCUGUGUUCUCUGUGUGUUGCUGCUUCUCCAGGCGAUUGCACUCACCACAGCUCUCAUCUUUGAAAAGAAGACUUCUGCCUUGUUUCAGAGCAGUAUACGAGAAGGGAUCAAACACUACUAUGAUGAUCUGGACUUCAAAAACAUCUUGGACUAUGUGCAGCAAAAGUUUUCAUGUUGCGGAGGGGAUGAGUAUAAAGAUUGGGGAGUCAACCAGUACCAUUUCUGCAAUGGUACUGGUCCACUGGCCUGUGGGGUUCCAUAUACCUGUUGUCGCCGCAAGGUAGGAGAGGUCGUCAACACUCUGUGUGGUUACCAGACUCUGGACAAACUGCGUGAAACCCUGCAUGAGGACAUCCAUGUGCGCGGCUGCAUCCAUGCAGUCAACCUCUGGAUGAGUGACAACAUUGGAAUAACCAUUGCACUGUGCUGCACUAUUGGGCUGCCUCAGCUGCUGGGGAUCAUCCUGAGCUGCGUCUUCUGGAACCUGCUGGUGGACAUGAGUGAGUCAGCUGACAUGGUCGACUUCAAGCUCAAGAAGGCAGAGAUCGAGUACAGUGAGCUGGACCUAGCUGGCGCUGGCUGGUGUAUGUGCCUGCCGAGGGAUGGCGGCUACCUGCCCAUUCCCGCCUCUGAGCCCGAACUCGACCCCAUUGACGUUCACCUGCAGAAGCUCAAGAAGCAGCCGCCUCGCACGCACGCUCAGCUCCGAGAACUGCAGCAGUCCAGAUCAGCCACUGGACUGGACGAGGUAGAUGUUGGUCGGAAGCAGAAAAGGGAACACUGAGGGGUCUAUUUGUUCUGUCAUUGUAAUCAUUUAAUGUGUUGGAGUUUUGUUGCACUACUUAAUGGUUGAAGCUGUCUGUCAUUGGAUCAAGAGAAAUGUGGUCAGCUGAAGGGAUCAGAUGUUUUUGGCACACUAACUUUGUUGUCACGAGAAAAAAACAAAGGAACAAUCUGCAACAUUGGCUUUAACAAAUCUUUUGUGUUGUUUGUGAGUUGAAGGAUUUUUGGCAUUAUAUCACAUUUUAUUACUUUUUUUUUUUUUUUUUUUUUUUAAACUUUUGAAAUUGAGCUCUGUCUCAUGUGCUAAAGCUUACCUCAGGCUGUGUGGAAAACAGCCCAGUAGUCAGAGCACAGUACUAUGUUGUGUAUAAAUUAAUGGUAGCUUGAAAAGACGUUUUUCAGUGUCUGAGAAAUAGGAAUAGCCAAGUAUGUCUUGCUUAUAGCGUCUGUGACGGAUGUAUACAGUUUGUAGUUAUUAUUAUUAUUUUAUUUUAUUAUGAUUUUAAUUGUGUGCAACAUUGUACAUUUUAAGGAGCUUGUGUCCAUAUAGCAUCUUUUUUUCUGGCAGAAAAGAGCAGGCAAGGCACCAGGGAGAACUGCACAGCUAACAGCCAGCUUACAGUGCACAGGGUUAUAAAAUCACAGAAGCAGUCACCAACAACAUUCAGAACGUUCAGUGUCCGACUGAUCUGCUUCCACAAACGUGCUUUUGAGUUACAGAGCCCUGCAGAAAUAAAUUGGAUCGCUCUGAAAAAAGUUGGCUUCUUCGCUUUUUCUACCGGAGGCCACAUGCUGCUGUAUACACUCUCCUCAGUGGAAACACCUGAAAAAAGACAGUGUCACCCAGGGAAAAAAUGCAAUAUGGACACAAGCUCGAAGACUGAUAGUUAUGGAAUGCAUGUUUUGUACUGUAUAUGAAGUAAGUUUAAAAAAAUGUUUACAUGUUAGGCUCUCAUUGGGGGGGCUUCAGUCUGUUCCAUUUUUAACUAAACUUUAUAUUCCUUCCUUUUAAAGAAACAACUAAAGGGAUUCUCCUCUCUCUCUCUCUCUCUCUCUCUCUCUCUCUCUCUCUCUCUCUCUCUGUUUUUUUGUAUCUGAGUUAUGCACUGUUUUGAGCUUCCCCCUAGCUCCUGCCUUGUAUCAGCACUACUGUUCUUGUCAAUAAAGCUGAAUUUGUCUACGA